AGAAAUUUUUUUUACAAUGUUUAAAUAUUUUGCAUAAAUUUAUUUUUCAGAAAUAAUAAAUAAUUCUUUUUUCACUCAUCAUAUGUUUUGAAGCUACUCGAUAACAUUUUUAACAAAAUGAAAAUUGAUAUUUAUAUGUUAAACAGUUUAGUUAUUUAAAAAUUAUAUGCUAUGAAUAAACAUUAUUUGCAUUAUUGACAAAAUAAGAUGAGAAAAUUUGGCGAUGAGAAAAUCUGAAAAUAAAAACAAGAUAUCUUUAUAUUAUAAUUUUGCUUAAAAAUAUUAACAAUACAUAUGGAGGAAAGCGUAUUUGAAGCUCAGAGGAAAAUAAAAACACCUCCACAAUUCCCUGAUUGUAUAAUUCAGCCAACACCAAGAUUAAUUCACCCUAAGAAACGUAAGUUUGAUGUGGCGGAAUUUGAAGAAAACAAGUCUCUCAAAAAUUCAGAACUAAAUACUGGAAAUGAGUUGGAUCCGCACGCUUCAUUUUGCACAUUAAAAAAUCGGUCAGAUGAAUAUAUUGGUGAACAUAGUACAUCACCAGAUAUUAAACAAAAACAAAACGACCAACCACAUAUAAUUCUUUAUCCAAAUAAUAAUAAAAAAGCCCAUAAGCACAAUGAACCACAAACAUGUGUAAAUUAUGACUUGGCACAAGGGAAAAAUUUACAACAUGCCCCAUCAUCAAAUGAGUUACUACAAGUUGCAGUUGCCGACGAUAUAGUUGAUUUAAAUGAAUGGUGUAACCACAGAGUAUUGGCAAAACAAGAUGAUUUUUAUGUACCAGGAGUUAUAAAAUCUUGCGAAGGAAAGAAUACAAUUUAUGUUGACAUUGAUUCACCCAUUGGAAUAACAAAAAUUUAUAAAGAUAUUUUAAAUAUUAACAAUUUUGAUAUUGUAAGUGAUGCCAGUCCAUCUAUUGCUGAUAUUAAAACAAAUGUAAAAGUUUGUGUUCGUGACACUACACCUAACCAAACACAUGUUUUUCUCCAAGGAUCUAUAAAGAGUAUAGAUAAUUUAACAAAACAAAUUGAAGUUCAACUACAGAAUAAGCCAGAAGAAAAAAAAAUUGUUAAGCGUGCAGAUAUUCGUUUACUGAGACCUCCUUGGUGGGACGAAUUAAAAGAAUAUCAUACAAUUAGCUAUUCAUGUGAUGAUUCAACAAAAAUAUCGAGGCAGACAGAAUUUCAUGGUUCGCAAAUGAGUAUUGGAAAUAGAUAUGAUCGAUGUUCAUCCAACACUAUUAGUACUUCAAAUGAACCAUCAACUGGUUUGCCAAUACAAGCACUUGAACCACACAUGAUUCCUUUGCAAGUACAUCAAGUACUUCCUGCGUUACAAUCUGACGAAUAUUACAAAACUUCAGCUAAUAGUUUGGGACUAAACACAAAAACUACCGAAGUGAUUCUUCAUCGUGGGAACAAUUUAAUACAAAGAAAUAAUAAAUUAUCUGAAGGACAAAUGCAAGGAUUAUCUAUUUUGCCAAUCUGUAUUUCGACUACUGAUGAAGCACAUAGAAGAUGUAAUGAUGAAUACGAAAGUGAUGAUGAGCUAAGAAGGGGGGACAUUACAUUUUCUAUGGAUGGAGGAAGUAGUAAACGAAGUAGCAUGCAAAGUAGAGGAAGUACAUCCAGCUUGAUGGAUCACGGAAGCAUUACACCACGAUCUCAACCGACCACUCCAAGAUCUCAAGCGGCGACUCCGCAUCGUUUCAAAAAAGGUGAUGUAGUGUCGACUCCAAGUGGAAUCCGUAAAAAAUUUAAUGGAAAACAAUGGCGCAGAUUAUGCUCAAAUGAAACUUGUUCAAAAGAAUCACAAAGAAGAGGAUAUUGCUCUCGACAUUUAAGUCAAAAAGGAAAUGUUUUACGAUCUUCAACGGUCUUACCGUGUCAAAUUUCAAGCAGGUCAAGUAGCAAAACACAAAAUGAAGAGGAUACAUCUCGUGAUUCAGAAACUUCACCAAAUUAUAGAGUGACCGGCCGUUUUGAUCAAGAAGAAACUGAUGUGGCAAAUAUGUUAGUAUCAUUAAGCAGUUCAAGAUCUGCUACUCCAGCAUUCUCCUCUCCAACUGGUCAAGUCUGUUCACCCAUUAAUAUAACACAAUCACCUUUAACAAUAGGAAAUCGUCACAAUGUUUUUAUGCCGAUAGGAGGAAGUCCUGCACAAUCAGACUCAAAAAAGUACAAAAGCAAUGAAUCACCUGUUUUGUACAGGAACACUAUUACACAACAAGUAAUUCGUCCUGAAUUAGUAAGACCACUACAAACUUUACCGCCGCCAUCAUCUGGUCAUCAACAUAUUAUCGAAAACACCACAAGUGUUAUAAGAAUAAGUUCAGCUUCUUCUAAUACACAUCAAAUAGUGAGACCUGUUAUAGUAGAUCCUACACAUUUAAUACCAGUGCUACCAACAAUGAAAAAUGAUUCAUCGAAUUCACUGUCAAAAAACGAAAUCAGCACGGGCUCAGUUUACCAAUGGCACACUUUACUUCCAAUUAUAAAUACAGACACAACCACAAAUAGAAAAAUUGUGCUAAAUACAUCUUCAAAACAAUGCAUCGACAGUAGUGAACCAGCUCUAAUUACAAACGAUGAUAACCAGACUGCAUGUUUAGAUGUAUGUGGCGAUACAGAAGACGAUCAAGGUGAUGACGAUGUUUUUGAAACGGAACCCGUGAAAGAAAACUCAUUAAAUGCAAGUGUUGCACAGAAUCAAUUAGAUGGGCGAAAUAUUUUUAAUGAGAAUAUCCACAAAAGUGUAGAUGUAUUAUCGCAAAGUAAAAGAAGAACACAGUCAUGCAGUGCACUGCAAGUAUCAAAGGAUUCUCAAAGUCCUCUUCAUAAGAAUCCACGAAUACGACGACCAAUGAACGCUUUUAUGAUAUUUUCCAAACGGCACAGAGCAUUAGUUCAUCAACAACAUCCUAAUCAAGACAACCGUACAGUAAGCAAAAUUUUGGGUGAAUGGUGGUACGCACUGAAAUCAGACGAGAAAAUGAAAUAUCAUGAGUUAGCCAGUGAAGUAAAAGAAGCUCAUUUCAAGGCUCACCCUGAAUGGAAAUGGUGCUCAAAAGAUAGGAGGAAAUCUUCUAGUUCAACCAAAGAUUCACACAACAGAAUUGAUUCUUUUGAUGGGACUGAUUCAUUUGACGAAAAAAGUCCAAGUGAUGCUAAUUUAUGUAAAAAUGAAACUAUACCAUUAACCAUUUCACCACACAAUUUUCACAAAGAACAAAUAACAAAUUCAGAAGAUUCUAAAAUAAAGGAAUAUGGAGAAAACAAUAAAGAAAAAAAUGUAAUACAAAAUAAAAUGAAAUACACCAAACAAAAUGUUGAAAUAGAUUUGAAAUGUGCUGAAAAAGUGACAGACUCCGAUAUAGAUGAAAUUGAAGAUUCUAAUGAAAAACAAAAAAAGAUAAAUUGUUCAGAAAACGAGCAUUAUGAUGAUAAUACAAAACAGGCUUGUCUUCUUUUUACUGCUACAAAUAGCCUUUCUAAUUCAAUUACAUAUGCAAGUCCAAAAAACACACCAGGUUCAUCAGCAUUUCAACCGACAGGGGGAGCAUUUAAGUUAACAUCUGUCAGUCCUAAAUCUGAGCCAUUUAGUAUUCCGAAUAUACAAACAAAGAACAAUCCAAGCUUAGAAUAUACGUGUGACUCAUCCGUUUGUACAGAUAAAAAAUCAGAAAAUAUUGAUGCAGCACAGUUUUCACCCAAAAGCAAUACAGUUUCAAAUACGGGAGGUUACAUUAAUACAAAUACUAACAUAAAGUAUACAAAACAAAAUUGUAUCAACAAUGGAACUAAUAAUGGAAUAAUUGUACUAUCUCAAACUUCAUUAUCUGACCUACUUAAUACAAACACCCUAACAACAACUAACUGUAUAGAAGGCUAUAACAAAGAUGCAACAGUCCAUGUUGGUGGAAGAUCUGUAGCUCAACAAAUUUUUAUGAUUAAUCCAUCAAGUAUAAAUAGCAGUUUUCAAGUUACAGGCCCAUCUAAUUCUACCACUACUACUUCUUCAAAUGUAUCAGUACCUUCAUUGAUUUCAACAAACCAAUUGAUAAAGGGUCAAAAAUCAAUAAUGCUUGCAAUGAAUAGCAAUAACCAACCUACGUUGGCAUUUGUUCCAAUCACUGAAGAUCAAUAUUUCAAUUCUAAACAACAUGUAGUUCCUGUAGAUGGAGAUGAUAAGAAAGAUGAGUUAUCUAAUAAAUCACCUACAGUAAAAGUUUCAACCUCGGUACAAUUACUUCAAGUUCCGAAUUUGAUGAUGUCAUCUACAUCUGUUGCACCUACAAUUAUUCAUUCAAAAGUUCAGAGUAUUCAAUUUAAGCGUGAAUUUGAGAUUUCUAAAGGCGUAAAAAGUUCGGAUGCAAUCAAUUCGAUGUUAUCCUGCAAUAGUAAUUUGAAUGACCAAACGGAUAAAAGCAUUGAAAUAGUGGACUUCGAAGAAGAAAAAGAUGAAAAUAAGGAAUUCAUCCUUGCACCAACUCCAGCACAGUUGGGAAAAGCACCAUUACAACGUCGUCUAAACAGUGAAAAAUCAAAAAUUGAUUUCGAAGACAAUGGAACUUUUUAUAAUCACACAUCUAACACCAUAGAAAAUCAAACGGAGCAAAUAUCGCCAACAUCAAAAAAACAUUUGGUUAAGAAAACUAAAACUGAUCAGAUGGACACUGUUCUAAGAACUGUAGACUUUGAAAAGAAAUUUCAAACUCUUCCACAAUUUAAACCUCAAGAUUGUCAAUCUCCAAGCUCUAUUUUGAUUCCAUCUUCACCACGUCUAUUUUCACAAAACUAUCGUAAAAAACAGACUCUUAACCAUAACAAAACAGAAGACACUCAUGAUGUUGACACUCCUUCUUUAUCAUCAUCGACAACUCCUGCAUCUACAUAUAUUACAGGAAAUAGAUUCUUUGGGCCAGAAUUUUCCGUUGAACAACUACGUCACAUAGCUGCAGAAAUGAAUGUUACAGAUACAAUAGAAACAUCUCCUAAAACUCCAAAAACACCGUCACAAAAAUCAAUUGCAGAUGCUGCAGAGAAAGGUCAUAGAAAAAUAUUAGAACAAAGAAGACAGUUGGUUUUACAAUUAUUUAAAGAACAUGGUUUUUUUCCGUCAACUCAAGCAACUAACAGUUUUCAGCUAAUACAUACGGAUAUUUUCCCUACGAAGCAAAGUCUACAAUUGAAAAUAAGGGAAGUAAGGCAGAAGUGUAAUGCUCAUCAGGGAAUGACACCACAAUCAGCCGGACCUUUUACACCGAAUUCUGCUGAUAAUACUGGCACUUCAAUCAUUUUGGAUUCCUAAAAAAGUAAAAAAAUUUGAAAGUUUUAUUUUUCUUUUUCAUAAAUAAAAUCAAAUAAUAUC